AGAUAUAUAAAUACACGUUCCUAUAUAUGUAUAUAUAUACACACACUUUCUUAGGCUACAUCACUCUCCCCGCUCUCUACUUCAAGGAUCUCAACAAUGGCAGCUUCAUCCUUCUUCUCCACUGCUUCCAAAAGGCUGCAAGGAAAAGUAGCCCUCAUCACCGGCGGAGCCAGCGGCAUCGGCGAAUGCACCGCAAAACUCUUCGCCCACCACGGCGCCAAACUCAUAAUCGCCGACAUCCAAGACGAUUUAGGCCAAUCACUCUGCAACUCCUUAGGCCCAUCAACUGCCACAUACAUCCACUGCGACGUCACCGACGAGACCCACAUAAAAAACGCCGUCGACAAAGCCGUCAAAUCUCACGGCAAGCUCGACAUCAUGUUCAAUAACGCCGGCAUAGUCGAUGAAAGCAAAGCUCGCAUACUCGACAACGAAAAAUCAGAUUUCGAACGUGUUCUAAGCAUAAACGUGACCGGCGUUUUCUUGGGGAUGAAACACGCCGCACGUGUCAUGAUCCCGGCUCGCAGCGGUAGCAUUAUAUCGACGGCGAGUGUAAGUUCCAGAAUCGCCGCAGCGGCAUCGCAUGCUUAUUGUUGCUCGAAACAUGCGGUGCUGGGACUGACGAGGAAUCUGGCGGUGGAUCUGGGACAGUUUGGGAUUAGGGUUAAUUGUCUGUCGCCGUAUGCGUGUUCGACGCCAUUAGCGAGGAAAUUUGUUGGGGCUGAAGAGGAAGAUCUGGAGAAGAUAAUGAACUCUGUAGCGAAUUUGAAAGGGGUGACGUUGAAGACGGAGGAUAUUGCUAAUGCCGCUCUUUACUUAGCAAGCGAUGAGGCGAGGUAUAUCAGUGGACAUAAUCUGUUCAUUGAUGGAGGUUUUACCGUUGUUAAUCCUUCUUUUCAUAUGUUUCAGUAUCCUAAAGAUUAAUUAUUUGUUAAUUUGGUUUAAUGCAAAAUUAAUCAUCUUCUGAUUAAAAUUAAAAUAGGUUUAUAAAUAAACACAUAUAAACAAUUAUAUAUCUAAUCAAUAUCGAAUUAUUAAAAUUCCCUUAAUUUCUUUCUAAGC